GACCUCGCCCACGCAAUGGACGAGAUUAACUUCUACGAGUCCGCGAUGCACUGCGGCAUGAGAGGCAAGGGAGAGCUCGCCAGGCUCCUGCAGUUCGUCCCCGAGUACGCUGGCGUCCUGCGGGCCACCGAGGACGGGAAGGAGGGCCCGAUGGACCUGCUGGUGAUGCGGAACCUGAAGGACGGGCACAAGAAGCCCCGUCUCCUCGAUAUCAAGAUGGGCCAGAAGACCGGGCAGGCUGGAUGGCAGGGCAAGUCGCGCACGGCGGCGCUUCGGCAGAGCAUCGUCGAUGGCGUCACCAACUCGGCCUGCGAGGGCUUUAGGCUCGAGGGUUUCGACAAUCGCCCGCCGGUGCUGGACUCCAUGGAUCCACUGCUCGACGUCGGGGGCUCUGACAGCAAGAAGAUCCAGAAGAAGGCGCAACGCAUCAUGUUGCAGCGCAUGUCGGGCGCCGAGAUGAUGAUGCACUAUCUAGAUGUCCACCAGGAGCUGCGCAACCCAGGAGAGGAUGCCCUCAGCGACGUGCUGGGGCCUUCCGAGGUUACGGAGAUCUCCCUCUACGAGGCCGUGUGCCGGCUGACCUCCUUGGCCGUGGCUUGCAGGUGUUCGCCAGUCCCGCAGAAGUGGAUCGGCAGUUCUGUGGCGCUCGGGUUCGACUGUGGUGAGCUACCGCCCAGGUCCACGGGGACGGCGGACCUCAAGAGGCACGCCGUCACGGCGAUAUUCGAUUGGGGCAGAUCAGAGCUGAACACGGUCGAGAAGCACAUGCAGAUGUCGGACAGUGAGCAGAAGGAUCGCUCGGAGUUCUGGUGUUACUACGUGGGCGGGGUGGACCGCCUCGCGUGGGAGGCGGCGCGCGCCUACAAGCACCGGUUCUGCACCGCCGACGACUGGAAGUAUUUUAUGUUCACAGUCUAUGACUUCGACUCCCUCACGGCCAACGACUUCAUCGGCAGGGUGAAGGUCCCCGUCGAGAACACAGCACGCCAGCAGUUGUCUAUCACCGAUGCCGAUGGGGAGCCUACCAGGGGCCAGCUGGAGAUCUCCAUCGAGUGGUGCCCGUACCCCAAGGGAUCGCGGCUUAAGGGCGCCUGGCAGGUCACGGUGUUGAAGGCCACGGAUCUUCCCGCGUACGACAAGAUGAUGAUGAGGAGCACUAACGACGCCUUCGUGGAGGUGGUCGCGAUUUCCAACAACGGCAAGAAUUGCUUCCGGCAGGUCACCUCCGUCAAGGCGAAGUCCACCUUGCCCGAGUGGAACGAAACAUUCGAGGUGCCUGUGAUGAACUCGAAGAACCAGCUCAGCCGCGCGCUCGCGUCUGCCUCUGCGACACUUGAGGUGGUUAGGAUGCAACUCCUGGAGGAGGUCCACCUCGCUGCGUCCGUGUUCAAGCGGCGGCGCACGCUGACGAAGACGCUGACUAGGCUGCUCAACAGCACCUCCAAGGCCGAGCUGGACCACAGCGUCAUCGAUAGGGCGUUCGCCGACUGGGUCUCCCGCCUGGACUUCGCCGCAGCCGAGCAGAUCCGAGGGCGGCGACCUCUCGUCCAUCAGGAAUACGCACAGCGGCUCCGGCACCUCGAAGCUGCUGCCGACGGGCAGCGGCUCCAGCCAGUGUCUCGCGGUGGUGCCGUCGGGCGGCGUGGCCAUCCUGGACGCCGCGGAGCGCAGCGCCGCGGGCAGGACGCCGCGCACCGGGAAGAAGCCCGCCGCGCAGCGCGACCUGGAGGACGAUUCAGACAGGAAGUGUUGCGCCAGGUGCGGGCCGCCGGCGGCGUCCUCCUGCUCACUCAUGUGAAUUCGCGUGGCGUGAAGUGGAUUGGAUGA